UGACUUCCUGACUUCCACCGACGACCCAUGGUGAUCGCAGCCGAUGGCGGCGCCAGACAAGGUGGUGUUUCACUUGCCCAUCAUCGAUGCAGAGGCUCCAGCGCCAGACAGCCUCGCGCUGGCGCACAGCUCCAGAGUGGAGGUUUCUCCGCUCUUGGCACCAGAGAGGAUGUUGAAGCCCGGCUACUGUCCAGCAAGAGAGAUUGAAGAGCUUUGGCGCGAGAAGUCCCGUUUGGACGAGCUCUUCGAUGCUGGGCUGGGCCAGGCGUAUUGGAGGGCUCGGGAGGAGAUUUACCCGGAGGCCGGUGAUCGAGGGGGAUCCUUGGGGAACCGUGCCGGCGACAAACUUCAGGAGAUUGUGGAUGCCGUGGGCGGUUUGCAGGUGGAUCGCCUGAAGAAGAGAACCAAAGAGGUGGAGGACAAAGUGCUUUGCCCACUUUGCAUGGACGAAGCGAAGCCAGAGAAUUGCAGCGUCACUGUGUGUGGCCAUGCGUACUGCACAGAUUGCAUUACUUGCUGUGUGGGUCAGGUGGGCAGAUGUCCAACAUGCAACCAUCCCUUGCGUUUGCCGGGGUAUUUGGCCAAUGCCCAGCGUGUGCAGACCGCCAGCCAGGAGCCAGUGGUCUUCGUGGAUGUGUGUGGUGCACCUGGCGCUUGGUCCAAGUACCUCUUUAAGCUAGGUGAGCAGCGUGGCUUGCAGAUGCAUGGCUUCGGCUUCAGCUUGAAGAAGGGCACCAACGAGCGCAGCUGCACCUGGUUCAAGCAGGACCUACUGGAGCGCUCCAACUUCACCGAGCUCAACGGCGCUGAUGGAACCGGCGAUGUCACCUCUCCCGAGAAUCUCGCGCACGCGGCUGCCGCAGUGGGGCGCACCGCCGACCUGGUGGUGGCUGAUGGUGGCAUGGGUGUGGAUCGAGGUGCCGGCGGCCAACACAUGGAGAACUAUCAGGAGAUUUGGGGCGGUAGCAUCCUCACGGCAGAGGUGCGUUUUGCUUUGGAGACCCUGCGAGAAGGCGCUUGCUUUAUUUGCAAGUUCUUUGAUACAUUCACAGAGGUGAGCUGCAGUUUACUCUUCAUCGCGGCACGGCUCUUUGAGAAGGUGUGCGUGGUGAAGCCCAAGCACAGUCGAGAGGUGAACUCCGAGCGAUACUUAGUCGCACAACGCUUCAAGGGCUGCAACACCCCUGGCUUUGACGGGCUCUUGAGGGCCUUGCGGGAUGCACAGGCCGCAUGGCCGAGGACUUCAGAACGGCCCUUGAAUUGGGAGUAUUCCUGUGUUCGAUAUGACAGAGAUGGACCAAUGGAGAAGAGCAGUAGUGGGAAGUACUUCUUCAAGUCUCACUUGAUGAAUUUGGGAGUGCUGCUUCAAUUUCAAGUAUUUCUUCAAUCUCCGUCAGCAUUAGCCAUCAGAGGUUAUUGGAAGAUGGAUGGGCAGCCUGGCUUGGAUUCAAAAACGUGUGAUGAACUGAUCCCGCAGCAGGAAGAGGAGUUUGUCGCAGGGCUUUUGGAACCGCCCCAAACCCUGCAGAUGCUGCAUGGUACCCAAGUCUGCGAGAAGACCAUACAGAGGUUAUCUCAUUGUGGAUGCCCCUGGGGUGGGCGCCUCAUCAAAGUGGACUUGGAAGAUGUCCGCAUCGAGAACGCGCCUGAGAAGACAGGGAAGAUCAUCGUCCGACCCGAGGUCCGUGCCGCCUUUCAGUCGCGCUCCCCCCUUUGCGGUACCAAGAUGACGCUGGAACGCUUCAUUUGCCCUGGAGAAGCAGUGCUGAAGGGACUUACGAGCACCAAACUCUUUCGCUUGUGUGCCGUGCUCUUUGGGGAGAUGUCGGCAGGCACCUCCAGCAGCUUCUGCUUCCAUGAUGCCCACUUCCCAGUGGCCUUGCAUCACAAGAUCCGCAGGGACUAUCCCAAGGAGGGCAACAGCGCAACCGCCUUCUGGGAGGAGACCGGCUCACUAAGACAGGAAGGGAUUUUCCUCAUCCAGCCCUCGGGUACUGAGAAGCUUUUCUUCGCGACUGCAGUGGUGCGACUGCCACAUGAUAAGUUCGCCUCCUGGGCCACCUUCCAAUUCAGGACCUUUUUGACACUUGCGCAUCGGACUUGCAAUUGGCUGCUGAACCGGCCUGGCAUCGUCCAACUGCGUGCGGCGGAUGAGAGCUUCUACGUGAUCUUGCAGAUCCAGAGCUUCCAGCGUGGUUUCCCACUGGUUCCGGUGUUCGACGAGGAGCGCGCCAUCGUCACCAUCGACGCCGGUGAAGCCUUGGGUUUUCGCUAUUGGACGCGGUUCCAAAGCGAGCGAUUUCACUUGAGGCAGUAUUUGAAGUGCUUUCUCGCAGCAAUUGGUCAGGAGAUUGAAAUCUUUGAUACUCUGGACAGCCGAAGGCUGGUUCCAUAUCAGUGCGUAGUCUGCCGAAGUCAAUGGGAGGCCAUUCGCGCCCGGUUCCUGGACAUUUUCCGCCUGGCCAAGACAGCCUACCGCCGCGCCAACGGGGGCACCGUCGCACCUGGUAUGCAGGACGGAGUGGAGCCCAGGUUCGUUCCAGAGUUCCAUCAUGCCAUGCAGGAAGGCCAGAAGAGGCCCGAAGCCCAGCUGGUGGUGAGGAACACCUUCUUGGACCUCCAGGAGGAGGAGGACAGAGAGAUGAGCGAGAUGAGCGCUCGUCCGUUGCGGCGCCCGAGGACGACCCAGUUUUGA